UUUUAUUCAGAAACAGAGCGUGCUAAUUUUUCAGAGAGAGAGAGCAAAAUAGGUUUAGAGAGAGAGAGAGACAAGAGAAAUUAGAAGUUGCAGGUUUUUGGAGUAUCGUGUCGGGGAGUGUCUGUUGAUUUUCCAUUUUAGAAAUUGCGGUAAAUAAUUUGAAUAAAAUUUAAAAAGGAAAAAAAAAAUAUUAUAAUAUUAUAUAUUCUUGUUUCCUUUUGUGUGAGAGUGCUGAGAUCUCUCUCUUGAGAUACUUUACUACUAGUACUGCUACUAUUACUUCCUGGUGUGUAUAUAUUGUUUUGGGUUCUUGUAUAUAGGCAAGCAUACAUAUACUUUUAUACAGUUUCUUGUAUAUUGAGUUAACCAACAGAAGUUGUGGUUAGAAAGAUCUCAAAAUCACCAAGAAUUGUAAUGGAUGUCAACAUGAGCUUUUCAAAUGAUAUGGACGAUGAAUAUGAGAAACUCUUUAGAAGAUUGAAUCCACCCAGGGUUGUCAUUGAUAAUGAAUCUUGCAAGAAUGCAACUGUUAUAAGGGUGGACAGCGCAAACAAACAUGGAAUACUUCUUGAAGUUGUACAAGUCCUUACUGAUCUUAACCUUAUUAUAACUAAAGCUUACAUAUCUUCUGAUGGUGGCUGGUUCAUGGAUGUUUUCAAUGUUAGGGAUCAAGAUGGAAACAAAAUUACGGAUGAAGCAAUUCUAGAUUAUAUUCGAAAGUCACUGGGGCCAGAGUCAUGCUUUACAUCUUCUAUGAGAUCUGUUGGGGUUAUACCAUCUAUGGACCACACAUCAAUUGAGUUAACGGGAAGUGACAGACCAGGAUUGCUAUCUGAACUGAGUGCUGUACUCACCCACCUAAAAUGCAACGUGGUCAGUGCAGAGGUCUGGACACACAAUAUGCGGGCUGCAGCUGUAAUGCAAGUAACUGAUGAGGAAACUGGAUCCGCAAUUAUUGACCCAGAGAGGCUGUCUAGGAUUAAGGAACUUCUCUGUAAUGUACUCAAGGGCAGUAACAAAUUCAGAGGAGCUAAGACUGUGGUGUCUCAUGGGGUCACCCACACUGAGAGAAGGCUUCACCAAAUGAUGUUUGCUGAUAGGGAUUAUGAACGAGCAGACGAUGAGGUCUUGGAUGAGAAGCAGAGGCCUAAUGUCAGUGUGGUCAAUUGGUAUGACAAGGACUACUCAGUGGUAACCAUAAGGAGCAAAGAUAGACCAAAGCUGCUCUUUGAUACAGUAUGCACUUUGACAGAUAUGGAGUAUGUAGUUUUUCAUGCCAAUAUUGAUGCUGAGGGACCUGAAGCUUAUCAGGAAUACUACAUCAGACAUAUAGAUGGAUCCCCUGUGAAAUCAGAUGCUGAAAGGAUGAGGGUAAUACAAUGUCUUGAAGCAGCUAUUGAGAGAAGAGUAUCUGAGGGCUUGAAGCUAGAAUUAUGCACUACUGAUAGAGUUGGGCUGCUAUCUGAUGUUACUCGCAUCUUUCGGGAAAACAGCCUUACUGUGACGAGAGCAGAAGUGACAACCAGAGAUGGAAAAGCUAUUAAUACAUUUUAUGUUCGUGAUGCUUCAGGGUAUCCGGUUGAUGGUAAAACCAUAGAAUCAAUCCGACAAGUAAUUGGGCAGACCAUUCUUAAGGUGAAAAGCAAUCCUGAUGAGUUAAAACCAGUGUCUCAAGAAUCACCGACCAGGUUUCUUUUUGGUGGUCUAUUCAAGUCCAGAUCUUUUGUUAACUUUGGAUUGGUUAGGUCCUAUUCCUGAACAAACUUAUUAGGUCGUUAUUCUUGUAUAUUAAUACCCAUCGGCUGAAAUUUCUACUACAGAUCUCAGGCCUUUUAGCAUGUGUUAGGAACAAAGCAAAGCCAUCUGUCAAAAGGGAGUUAGAGAAAAGCUUGUAAAUUCAUCUUUUUUCCAUUUCAUGAAAAGCUUCAUUAGUUAAAAGUGGAUCCAAUCUAUGUUGGCGCCAUGGAAACAAAGAAAUGAACAUGAACUCUUGUUUUCAACUUUCGUACAGAAUCUACUCAAUAUUUUCAGUUGACCA